AUGCGGCGGUGCCGGGCGGCGGCGCUGGCGGGGCUGGCCGCGGUGCUCCUGGCAGCUGUGGGCAGAGGGCAGGUGCAGCAGGACCCGUCGGCAGAGACCACCGAGAACACCGCCAUCAGCAUCAACUGCUCACACCCCAACAUAGGGAGCUUCGAAUACAUCCAUUGGUACCGUCAGUUCCCGGGCCGUGGGCCCGAAUUCCUCGUGAGUGCUCUUAAAGGUUUCAAGCAGCUGGAGGACCCAAAGGGGCGGCUGUCGGUGGCGGCAGAUCGCCGGUCCAACGUGCUGUGGCUCGCCCGGCCCCGGCUCCGGGACGCGGCGGUGUACUACUGCGAAAUGAUGUGUGAUUAUGGGUCCACCUACGAGGUGACCUUUGGCUCAGGGACCAGACUGACCGUCCAACCCAAUGUUACUCCAUCUCCUUCAGCCUAUAGGCUGAUCUCUAAAGAUGAUGAGAAUGUGGAAAUGUGCCUUAUCACAGAUCAUUCCCCUGAAAAGCUUACUCUUAACUGGGCUAAUAAGGUGACAAAUACUGUUGUGGAGGUGACAACACCUGAGAACAAACAGGAAGCGAGCUACCUGUCAACCUACUGGGGCAAGAAAGAUGAAAUGCUGUGUGGUGCAAAUCACGAGGGAUUUGGAGCACUGGAGGGGGAAGAUCCUGAAAGUGGUUCCAGUGCUUUCUGUGUUACAGGAGUGUCUCUACAAUUCAGGACAGAUGAGAACCUGAACACAAUGUCUUUAUCACAGCUGGGUCUGAAAAUAAUUUUAAUGAAAGGAAUCAUUUUUAAUGUCCUGAUGACAAUGCUCGUGUGGAAAAAAAAGAAUGAAAGUAACUAGAUGGUGCAGUCCUGAAGUAUCAAAAAAGUCUGCUGAGGAAUCUUUAUCAAAGCAUCAUCUGCAAGAGGGAAGACAGGCAUUCCUAUCGCAAGAGAUACCACUUGCUAUCUGUGUAUCAGCCAGCCAUUAUAAUCUAAAUUGCUUUAUUUGCAUUGUUCCAAAGCUACUCAAACCUAAGCUUAAAAUUUCCAGCAUUCUGCUCCCCCAGAUGCCUGAUUCAUUUAGCAUGACAAUGCCUCUUUUUGCAUAAAGCAAAUGAUGGUUGAAUUGUACUGGCAACCACACUCAUGUCUUUGGCAUUUCUUUGGGA